AUCAAAGACUUCAACAUCUUAAAGUUUUCUUCACAUAAUAAUUGCCAAAACCCCCCGAGCCCCCCUAACUCCUCUCUCUCUCUCUCUCUCUCUCUCUCUGAGAGCAUCAACACCAACCCAGAUUUAUGAGCAAGAGUAGGGUUUUGCGGCAAGAAUUUUGACUUCACUGGAACAUCAUAGUUUGUUUAUCUUCUAAUGAAGUCGAAGAGAAGACGUGUGAACAAUUACAAUGAUGAUGCACAAGGGGAAGCCAUUUUGCCGCCUGAGAUGUUUUGUGAGGUUUUGGCAAGACUUCCCGUGGAAUCAAUUCUUAGAUUUAGAAGUGUUUGUAAGAGUUGGUGUAGGAUGAUCCAAAGUCCAUACUUCAUCAGCUUGCAACUGGGUGUGACAAAGAAUAAACCAUGUCGGUUUAUUGUCCAAUCACAGCGCGAAGGUGAUAUGAGCAGCCUAUAUUUAGUUGAUAUCGAGGAUCUUAAGGCUAGGGAGAUUCAACUUGAGAAAAUCAAGUGCCGCACUCGUCUAAAGUUUAAGCUGCCUGCCCUUGGAGUUAGAUGUUUUUGCGAUGGAUUUCUCUGCAUGGCUUCAGAAAAAAGGCUAGAUCCUGUCUGUAUAUGCAAUCCAAUAACAAAAGAGAGUGUGAUAUUACCAUUAUCCAGGUCAAAAGCACAUCUCGUCCGUCAUAAGCUUGCUUUUGGCUUUGAUCAGUCAUCAGGCAAGUACAAAGUUAUUCGAGACUAUAGAACUAGCAGCAAUAAGCAUCUCAGCAAGUUCCAGAUAAUUACUCUUGGAGAAAGUUCGUGGAGACAGUUGAAUCCCCCACAAAAUCUAUGCACAUCUGAUUGGGAUGCUGCAGUGUUUUGGAAUGGAUCUCUCCACUGGAUAAUAGAUGAUAAAACUAUCGAUGAACCUAUUCUUGCAUUUGAUCUAAGCAGUGAGACGUUCUAUACCAUUCCUUUUCAUAGGUUGUGCCUUUCUCACGAAUGUUAUGAGUUACAGGUCUUGGGGGCAUCUUUAACUAUAGUGGAACAUAACAGUCAUAUGAUUAAAAUUUGGGAAGUAGCUGGGAACAAGGUCAAAGGAUUUUCUGCCAACUGUAGAGAGGAGCAUGAUACAUAUGUAUGUUGGAACAAGUACUUGUUCUAUAAAACAAUUUCUCAGCUUAGCCACAAGAGUUUCAUGUUACAGGUAUGCUUUAUAGAUAACAAAAAUGUCAAAAAGGAUUGGUUUACUCGUUUUGUCCCUGAAAAGGCGCAGUACUUCCACCAAGACAUCCUUGGCCUUCCUGAGCAUUUCAACACCGAUCAUUUCAAGCCCUCCUUUGUCUCGCCUAAUGCACUCCUUUCAGUUCAAAGUCAGCUUCCUGUGUUAAAGAGCUCAUAAACUUGGUUUCUGGUGAAUGCGGAAAUUGAUUUGGAUUUCAUAGUUCCAAACCCGGCAAUGCCACAUUAUGUAGCUUGUUUUUUAGCAAAAGGGUGGUGUAGAUUGGAUGCCGUUGUCCAUAUAGGUCAACUACACAAUCAAAUACUAAUAUAGUUCUUCAGUUAUUGCUGAAUUUGAGACACGGUUGAUGUAUAUAACUUAAAUUCAAAUGUGGAACCAGUUGCUGUCCA